AUGGCCGGAAUACCACCAUCUGCGGCAGAACGCCGCACAUUUGCAAGCUUUUUUGCAAAACCUAAGGCUAUCAACACUAAUGUUGAUUUUGAAAGUAGUCCGAAACGAGAUUCGGGUGAUAAGACUGUGAAUGAUGUGAUUCUCUUUGAAGGAGACGAUAAUGCCGUAGUUGAUCCAAAGAUUCAGGUUGCGAGCGAAUUGCGACUGAGCUCGAAGGCGCAAGGGGAUUUCGACACUCAGCGUAACUCUGCCCAGCCAGAGACUUUGGAAACUAUAGUUGUUGACGAUCUGCACCUGGGUCAUAGUGCGCAAGGGGAUGCUGGGUUACAGUUGCAAACGUCACAACUCGAUCUAGAUGAAAGAAAUGGACCUCAUGUAGCCAUUGAGCAAGGGAAUAAAUUUGCGCUCCUUCAGAUUUGUGAUGAUGAUGGUGAUGUAUCUGGAAAUGGUGAUGAGGAGGAUCCUAUUAUUGAUCUUACGUUGGUUACGGGUAGAGAAUCCGUGAUUGGUGGUCCUCAAGGAUUGUAUGGCAAAAAUUCAGAAAUGGUGGCUGGUCUAGAAAUGGAAGCUGUGACAGUUAAUGACAUUCUGCAACCAGAAAUUAUUAAGCCAUCACUGAAAUACCCUGAUGAUUCGUUUCCAGCAGAAAGUGAAGAUGGAAGUGAUGCUGCUACUGAUAGGGGAACAUGGUCAGAAGGGGAUAAGGAAAGGCUAACAUUGGAUACUGAACGUGGGAUCAAGACUGGGGUAAAGAAAAAGAAACGCGGUAGGAAAACAAGGGAGCAAAUCGCCAAGGAGCUUGAAGGGGCUGAGCUUCGGCGAUCACUUCGCUUUCAAUAA